AUGCUUUUAGAUGGCGAUCUUAUAUAUACCAAAGCUACGGAUGCUCUAGCACAUGAUCCACCUCCACAUUUAAUCAGCCGAGUUGCAAAUAUUUUACUGUGUAUUCUGAACACAACUUAUGAACCAAAUUCUAUAUGCGUUAAUUUAUUUCUACAAUUACUACCAUUCUUAGAUAACUCUGGAGUGCUAGAUUUAUAUAUCAGUGUGACUCAAUCUUCUUCUCCAAUGAUAAAAUUUCACAAAAUGCUUUUAAAUUCAUUAUUCGCAGAUUUGUUUCUCCUCGAGGUCGAUGGAAACUGUAGUCCUGAAAAAUACGCAAGUCUUUGCAGAAUUGUUCGUCAUGCUUCGAAAAAUCCAAUUAUUGGCCCUUCAUUUAGGCGUGAUGUUUUCGUUGAUCGACUAGCAGUAUUAAGUUUAUCAGAUAACUUAUUUUUACGUCAGAAUGUUUGGCAAGCGCUUUCAACAAUGACACAAGACGAUACAGCUCCAUAUUUACGAUCUGUUGUACCAUUAGCAUUAAAUAUAAUUACAGAACCCUUCCAAGAGAUCCAUUCUUACAUUGUUUGCGCUCUUGACUUUUUGACAAAAUUAUUAAACAUAGAAAAUAAAAACGAAGCAGAAUACCACAACAGACAGAUACAAGGCACAUUUACCAGGCUCAUGGUUGACUUUCCUGAUUCUACAAAUCUACAAUGUUCAUUAUUUAGAUUAAUAAGAUCGGCAUUGAAAUGGGAAACAUUUGCCAAAUAUUUAUUUCCUCAGAUAUGCCCUGUUUUGUUAGAAAUUGCUUCUUAUGAAACUCAUUCCGCUGCAAAAAUGAAUUGUCUUUGUUUAAUUAAUGAUAUCGUCGAAGGAGGAAAGAGUUUUCAACUUACCGUUCUGAAUAAUAAUCCAGAAUUUUCUGAUUUUAAGAAAAAUAUUUUGAAGCCAUAUUUCAAGUUAUUGAAUUCAUCAUAUGGAGGUAGACUUCCUUUAAUGUGA